AUGAAAGCUUUCGAAACUUUACGCGAUAAAACUAUAUCAAUAUUUCAUAAUGUGAAUCUAAAAUCAGCAAUGCUUUCAACAACCAUUAAAAAUUUCCUAAUUAUACAACAUCAGUUUUUAAUGCUCUCGUAUUUAUUCGAAUAGAAAAAUAAUUCAUUUUUUUACAUUAUUACUACUUCAACAAGACCUUAAUUACUCUUACAUUCUAAUAAUAUUUGUUAUGUAAUAUUGCCGAUCCUAAUUUUAUAUCUAUUCAGUAUUUUCAUAAAAUAAAUACCAGGAAGAUAAAAGAUAUUAGUGAUAGGAUAGUUAUUAAGGGUGAGUGUAUAUAAUUUAUUUUUUGAAAUUUCAAAAGGAUAAUUGCAAUUUAUUGUUUAAAUACUACUAAUUGUCAUCAGUACUUUCGACCUUUUAUUCAUCUUAGGCACAUUAAACAUAAAAUAAAUGAAUUUCUCGUAAAUUUCAAUUAACUAUUUUUAAAUAGCUAACCAUAUUUUAAACAAUUUAAUCCUAAUUUUUAAAUAAUAUACUAAUUAUAAUCAUUUCCUUAUAAGUAUUUUAUGCUUGUUUUAUUCAAUAAAUGGAUUACUAAAUCAAAUAGCUUACUCUCCAAUAAAAUCUACAAAACUUCAUCCUUACAUCUUAUAUGCUCACGUUAUUACAAUAAUUCAAUGUGCUCUUUACUUUACAAAUUUAUAAUUAUAGGAAUUUCCUAAUUUGAUUUUAUGCACCCUUGUACUUAAAAUUAUAUAAAUCUCAAGCUCAAAUUUAUUAAGAUUCCCAAUAUUUAAUAUAGACACUUUAUUAUUAAGUAUAGGAGAUGGCUCUAUUACCUAAGAACAUAUAAAAAUUAUAAGAGAUAAAAAAUUAAUUUAAAAAGAACAAGAUAAAAUACUGUAUGCAACGAUAAGGAUAAAGUAGAAACAUUACUAUGAAGCAUUAUGUUUAUUAUACCAUUAAAAAAGUUCUGAUUGGUUGAAUUAAAUCAAAAAAACCAUAAUUAUCGAUGAAUGUCUAUAGUAAUUAGAGUUCAAGAUUAAGACAUCGUCAAAAUUUGAUUAAAGUGUUGCAUUAGCUGUAGAAUAAUUAAUGAAAAGUGAAGAUAGAAAUUUUAUUAUUCAAGAAAAAAUAAUAGAAAUAAUUAAAUAAAAAUAACACAUCCAAAAAUGUAUAACUGAAAAAGACUUAAAAAUAUAUUAGAAACUUAUGAACUUUAUAAAUAAAGUACAAGUAAUAAAACGGAAACUUGAAAAAUAAUAUUCAUAAUUUCCAAAUUAAAAAACUUAAGCAGUUCUAUGCUUUUUAUAUGCUGAAAUUUUGAAUGAUUAUAUAUCUGCUAGUAAACUGUCUGUUUCCUCAUCUAAACAAGAAUUAAUUAAAUUUUAAAAUCAUUAGGCUAUAUUAAAUAUGUUUAAUUCGAAGAUGAUCUAUUUUAUAACAGAUUUUGAUUAACAAAAAUUAAUAAUAAAAAGAAUGUCUAGUAAUACAUCUUAAUUAUUGAAUCUUAGACAUGAUUAAUUAAUUAAUAAAGAUAUUGAUUUAUUAUUACCAUUAGGUAUUAGAGAACAUCAUAAUGAAAUGAUAAUGAAUUUUUUAGAAGAAGGCAUUUCUAAAUAUAUGAGGAAAGUAGAUUUAAAAUAUUUUAAAUCUCAUUAAUCAUCAUAUUUAAUAACAGCUGAUUUUACCUUAGAUAUUAGUUUCACUAAGUCUUCUUUGAAAUUUGUAACAUUUUUGCAACCUGUCAUUCAUUAGCCAAUGAUUAUUGUGCUUAAUUAAAAUAAAAUAAUCACAGAAUUCAGUGAAAAUUUUAUAGAAACUUUAAAUGAAAAACCUGAAAAUAUAUUAAAUAAGCACAUGAAUUUAUUCUUACCUUCAAUUGAUACUAUAGAAUAUAGUCAGGUUCUAGAAAAUGUUGAAAUGUUAUCUUAAUAAAGUAGUUAUAGUACUUUGAAAUCAUAUUCAAUUAUUACUACAGUCAAUGUUAAAAUAAAAGAAUUAAAAGGUAAAAUUAUUUAUUACUUAUUAACAUUUCAAUUUAUUAAAAAAAUGAGUUUAAAUUAUACUUAUAAUUAGAUGAUGUAGAGUAUAUCAAAUGGUGUUUUAAGUUAAGAUAUCUAUAAAACAGAUCCUAAGAGAAUUGAAAUGAAUAUCAAGGUUGAAGAUGACAGUCUAUCUGACAUGUUCAAAGAAGAAGUUAAUAUCUUUAAACCUUAUAUUAUGGAUGAUAAAAAUUAAAGACAUAGAGUAAAUUCUAAUUUUUUUUAAUUUCAAUAAUUUUCUCAUAAUUAACUUUCAAUUACAUAAGAUAAAUAAAAAAGAAAUUAAAAUCUGCAAACUAAAAGCUAAAAUAAUUCUACAUUGAUUAGUCCAAUUAAUAGUUAAUCAUAUGAUCAAUUAUUAACCCAACAAUAAUACUAUUGUAGGAAUUCUUAAAAAAAAUUAUCAUAUGUAAAAGAGGAAUGUAGUAUAGACAUGGCAAAAGAAAUUCUAGCAAUUAAUGAUAGCAAUUAAGAAGAAGAUUGUAAGAGAUCCUAAGUAUCCUCUGUAUAAAAUCUAAAAUAAUCUCAGCAUUUUAAGAAAUAUGAAAUCUUCAAUAAUGUCAAUAAAAAAUAAUGCCAAUAAGGAUCAUGCUUAUUCUUAAAAAUAGCCUUGCUUUCAUUGAUUGCUCAUACAAUCAUUAUUUACAUCGUAAAAUAUAUUUAAAUAAUAGAUAAUUUAAAGUCUUUAUAGUAGUUUACAUUAAUUAGUGAACGAUAUAGAAUUACUCUAAGUUAAAAACCAAGCUUUUUAACCUUUAGAAACAUUUUGGGUAAAUCGAUGGAUUAUUUUCAAUUACAUGAAAAUGAAGCAAAAAAACCUUUUAGAUGAGGAUGAAUAUAACCAGUUAUUGGUGUUUCCAGAAUAUACAAUUCCAAUAUAAUUUUAGAGAUUAUUUUCUAAUUUAAAUGAAAUUGUAAAUAAAAAAGAAUUAUAAAUGUUUAUUUCUUCAAUCAACAUCACUGUAUUAUAAUACACUGAUUCUGAUAAAGGGGAAAUAUAUGAAAUCUCAAUAAGGAGUUGUAUUAAUAUUUUAUUAGAUUUCUAAUAUACAUUAAAGUAAUUUUAUGUUGAAAAAAAACUACCAAAACCUGAUAGUACUUAUAUCUUUUAUUGUUAUAAGAAUUCGUUCAAUCUCAAGUAAGAAUUUCAAAUUUUAAAUGAUGAUAUCUAUGAACAAUCUCAAAUAAAUUCAAUAUUUAUUCUAACUUAAUAAAGAGUGCUAUAUUUGAUAUAAUUUAUAUUGAUAAUUGUAAACCUUAUUGUUCUUAUUAUUUUGAUAAGAAUUGUUGAAAAAUAGCAUUUAAAGUAUUUAAGAUUGUUGUUUUCAUGUCCAAAUGAAACUUAUUAUUUAGAUAUUCAUAACUAUUAAUAGUUAACCAAGUUUAUUCUUUAAGAUAGUGAUAAUUUGUUCAAAUAUUAGUUUUUAAUGCAUGAAAAAGAAAAAUAUUUGAUAAAGUCAAGCUAAACAUUGACAAAAUCAAAAGAUCAAAUGUAAACAAAAAAAAACAAUAAAGAUAUAAAAAUUUAAGUAGGAGACUUAUCUAUUCGGAUAUUAUCUUAUUUGAUUAUGUUUCUUAUGUUAGUUUAAGGUACGUACAUAUAUUGGAUGAUGUCAUAGUAUAUUAUUUCAUAUCAGCCUACAGCUUUGUUUUAUAGAAAACUUUCUGAUGUUGGUACUGAUAUUCCUACAUUGUAUUCGCAUAUUAGUGUAUUGUAUGGAAUCACAAAUUUUACAUUUCUUAAUAAAACAGACAAAGAUUUGUUCAUUUUUGAAAUUGAAAAUUCUCUUAAAAGAUUAGAAAAUUUCAUUAAUAUUUAAAAUGAUUAAGAUAAGUAUCUAUAUUAAAUAAUUUAGUAUUUUAUCUUAGAAUUUUAUGGAUAAAUAUAAUUUUCUUCAAACUGCUAAUCUAUGUUAAUAUAUUAAUGAUGAAAUAUAUGAUAAAUCAACUUAGAUUUGUAAUUAAUCACUUAACUAAAAUUUAUAAUAAGGAAUAUCUUCUGCUCUCAUUUACAUAUUAAAUUCAAUAAAAACAGAUAGAGAUCUAAAUUAAUUUAGUGAAAAGAUAGGCUAUGAUAAAUAUGAAUUAGAAGGAGCUUUAAUCUUUUCAGAAUUCAUCGAAAAUUUGAAUGAUGAAUUCUAUUAAGACUUAAAAAAUGUUACAAUAUAAUAAUUAAACUAAUUAAUUGUAUUUUUAUUUAAUAUUUGCAUAGUUUACAGUUAUUGGAAUAUUCUUUGUUCUUAUUUUUAUGAUGUUUUUGACAGUAACUGUAGGAAAAUAUUAUAUGAACAAAAAAAAUCAUGCUAUAAGCUAGUCCAUAUUUAUGAUUCCUUUUUCAGUCAUCUUUUUUGAUGAUUAUUAUGAAUUAAAACUAAAAAAGAUUUAGUAAAAAGGUUUAUAGAGUAAAUAAAUUAUAUUAUGA